UACUGACACAUCCACCUGACACAUCCUGGCUAUCAGCAAGACAGGGACAACACUUCCACCGUGUCUGUGAGCUGGAAAUACAGGAUGUGACAUUAGUUUAUCAUCCUGCGCAAAGUCCCAAAACGCUAGCAGAUGCCUUAUUUUCGACAAGACUCGCUUCGCUCGGUGGAUACCCCCUUUCAAAUUGUGAAAUUGUUUUGCCAGCGUCCGAAUCAACGGUGCUAAGCUAGCCCAAGGAAGAAUAACUGAGGACCUUUUGGUGUCUCAACUCAAAUUCUCGAAUUUGUCACAUAGCUUACUUAAGUCAGUGAAAUACGAGACAGUCAUUAAUAACUAAUGUAAACAAAAAUUUUAGUAUGUCAGUUGGCUAGCGGCCCGUUUUGUCGUUUCGGAAAUCGGUACAGUCGAGUUAGCCAGCUCGCCUAGCCAAGUCAUUGUUGGAUGGUGAAGCACGGGGGUUAUUUGUCGCUUGUGUUGCCGGUAAGGGGUUGGAGAACAGAGGAUAUCUGUCGCCAGUCUGGGAGGACGUCGCCAAGUACACGACUCAAGAGAUGGUGUUAAUGAGCUGUUGGAAAUCUCGGCAUAAAUCGAACUCUGAAGCCCGUCUCGGUCGGAUUAAACCCGAGUUGGUGGUCCUGUUGUGGUUCUGCGUGACCGUGUUUGGAUGCUGUACAGGCGAGAUGGGGGAAACCAAGACGGUGGUGCAGAAAGACGCCGAGUUUGAUGUCACCUACAAUGACACGGUUACGAGUGACAACCAGACAAUCUAUGCUUUCAACCACACAGUCUCCAGAAUUAAGACAGAGGGGGUGCGUGUAUCGGUGGAUGUGCUAUCACAAGGGCUGGAGACCCCGAUCCUCUUUGUGGUUCGGCAGAAGCAAGCUGUGCUAUCCUUCCAGGUCCCCCUCAUCUUGAGAGGCCUAUACCAGAGGAAGUAUCCGUACUCCCAUGUGGCCCGGACAUUGUGUCAGCCUCCGGCCCGGGCUGCCUCUGAGAUCCAGUACUUCUAUAUAGAUGUGUCCACCCUCUCUACCCUAGGCACACACUACCUGCUCAGGGUCAGCCGUAUUGAGAGCUUCACCUUGCAGACAGACAAGAAAUUUACCUUCACUGCCUCACCAUCUCAGCCACAGUACUUUAAGUAUGUCUUUCCUGAUGGGGUGGAUACGGUGAUUGUCAAAGUCAGCUCAGAGAUGAACUUCCCAUGCUCUGUCAUGUCUAUCCAGGACAUUCAGUGCCCUGUGUAUGAUCUUGACAACAAUGUAGCCUUCAUUGGAAUGUAUCAGACCAUGACCAAAAAAGGUGCCAUUACUGUGCAGAGAAAGGACUUCCCCAGCAACAGUUUCUAUGUGGUGGUAGUGGUGAAGACUGAGGAUGAAGCAUGCGGGGGUCCACUGCGUUUCUACCCACUACGUCCUGACGAGCUAAUUGAUGCAGGCAACCGCAGCAAGGUUGUAGACGUGGUAGUCUCCCCCGCCAUCAACUUGGAGGUGUAUGUGAUGGGCAUGCUGUUCUGUUUGGGAAUUUUCCUCUCCUUCUAUGUCCUCACCUUGCUGAUGGCCUGUUUAGAGAACAGGAGAAUGAACCAGAAGAGAGAGGUGCUUCUGAAUCCUGCUGACAUGUCACCUGCAGAGACAGCGUCUCUACUUGGAAAGACUCCAGCCUCGCCCUACGAAUAUGGCUCAUUCACUGACAACGGCAGCAUUCUGAGUUCAGAGGCUGUCACUGACAGCGCUACAUCAACUGACAACAACUAUGGAUACAUGGAGCGGUCAUUGGACAGUGUAGGACGGAGCCGACAGGAGUCUCUAAGCUCUGUGGAAGAGGAUGACUACGACACACUGGCUGACAUCGACUCAGACAAGAACAUUGUGCGCACUAAGAAGUUCCUCUGUGUGUCUGACCUGGCUCGCAAAGAUAAAAGGAUCCUCAGCAAGAAAUACCAGAUUUACUUCUGGAACAUCGCAACCAUCGCUGUGUUCUACGCCCUGCCUGUUGUCCAACUAGUCAUCACUUAUCAGACGGUCGUCAAUGUCACAGGAAACCAGGACAUCUGUUACUACAACUUCCUAUGUGCCCAUCCACUGGGAGCUCUUAGUGCCUUCAACAACAUCCUCAGUAACUUAGGUUAUGUGAUGCUGGGCCUCCUCUUCCUCCUCAUCGUCCUCAAAAGAGAUAUUGUCCACAACCGAGCCCUGGUCCGCAAUGACCCUAAUGCACUGGAGUGUGGUAUUCCCAAGCACUUUGGUCUGUUCUAUGCCAUGGGAACAGCUCUUAUGAUGGAGGGCCUGCUCAGUGCUUGCUACCACGUCUGUCCCAACUAUACCAACUUCCAGUUUGACACAUCCUUCAUGUACAUGAUAGCAGGGCUGUGUAUGCUAAAGUUGUAUCAGAAGAGACACCCUGACAUCAAUGCCAGUGCUUACACUGCCUACGCCUGCCUGGCUGCUGUCAUCUUCUUCUCUGUGCUGGGAGUGGUAUUUGGGAAGGGCAACAUGGUUUUCUGGAUUGUAUUCUCAGUGAUCCACAUCCUGGCCACCCUCCUGCUAAGCACACAGCUCUACUACAUGGGUCGCUGGAGGCUAAACGCCGGGAUUCUACGGAGGAUGGUGUACGUCAUCUACACAGACUGCAUUAGACAGUGCAGUGGACCCAUGUACAUUGACCGUAUGGUGUUGCUUGUGAUGGGGAACAUAGUAAACUGGUCUCUGGCUGCCUAUGGGCUAAUAGAGAGACCAAAUGACUUUGCCUCCUAUUUACUGGCCAUCGCCAUCUGUAACCUGCUCCUCUACUUUGCCUUCUACAUCAUCAUGAAGCUGCGGAGCAGUGAGCGGAUCCAGUGUCUGGCCUUGGUGUGUAUUCUUUUCACAGCUGUGGUGUGGGGCUUCGCGCUCUUCUUCUUCUUUCAGGGCCUUAGCACCUGGCAGAAAACUCCAGCGGAGUCCCGUGAGCACAACAGAGACUGUAUCCUGCUUUCGUUCUUUGAUGACCAUGACAUCUGGCACUUUCUCUCCUCUAUCGCCAUGUUUGGAUCCUUCUUGGUCCUCCUGACCAUGGAUGAUGACCUUGACACCGUCCAGAGAGACAAGAUCUAUGUCUUCUAGAUAUACCAGAAAUUCUACAUGAGCUCAGCUCUCCUCCGCCUUAUCAUCUAUCUCUCUCACUGUCUUGCUGGCCAACUGCACAAUGUCCCUGAAAAGAUUCAGCAAGUGUGUCUAAGCCUCUCCCAGCCAGGUUUGAGUCAGGGAAGGUGGCUAGUCCCUCCCUCUCUGCUGUUUGGACACUUGCCGUGCCAAUCAAGAUUGAGUCAAACUGAAGUGAUACUGAACUUUUUGUCCUUUCUCUGCCACUGUCAAUUAAAUUACUGACAUUGAUGUUUACUUAUUGCUGACGAUUAAGACAACAAUGUACACUAUAGUUAAAAAUAUGGUUGAAUCUAAUUUAUUUUAUACUGUCUGCAGUUAAUUUUAUCUGUCAACAAUACAUUUUGAAAUUUUGAUGUUUGUACGCUGUAUAUUUAUACGCUGUGUGUGUAUGCAAGUGUUUGUACAGGUGUGUGUUAGCGUGCACACAUGUACUUAAAAGAUGUGAGAAUAUUUUCCAUGUCCAGUUUGUCAGUGGCCUUCAACGUUAAAAUCAUUCAAGUCAGAUACUACUGUGCUCUGAUUGACCCGAUACUCCAGCUGCCCUGUUCCUCAUCCAAAAAUGAAGAUGAAAAUGAUGAUUGUAUUUUACUUCUUAGUCCUUUGACUCUGAGAAGGUAUUUUUUGCACUGUAUUGUAUAGGAAAUGAUUUCAAUGUCAAGAACAAUGCAACGGUUAAAUAAAG